AUGGAGACGAGUGCUGACGCGGGCAGCAUGUCGUCGGCGCGCGUGAAGCAGGAGGCAGAGACGGACCAGACGGAAAUACCCCUUAUUAAGGAGGAAGCCGGAUUUGUGGAUGCAGAGGCUUGUGUGAAGGAGGAGUGUGAGGACAGCACAGCCGGGUGCGGCGUGAGCGAGGCCGCCAUGCUGGCCGGCCUGUACGACGAGCAUGUGGUCAAGGACGAGCUCGUGCUGGGGCCGGAGCGCCCGCACCGCCCCAUAGUCGCCCCGGUGGUGACAGCGCCCACUCUUGCGUCCUCAGCGGUGGUGUCGUGUCGGCGCGGCUCGUGCUCGGUCAGGCUGGAGCGCCUGCUGGUGGACGCGGCGCGCCGCACCUGCCGGGUCGGGCGCCGCACAUACAAGCUGCACGCCACCGAGCCCGCACCCACACCCCAUGUCACCACCACCAUCUAUCAAUGUCACCAUUGCGGCAAACGGUUCAGGAGCAAGUCGGUUUUGAAGAAGCACGUACACAAUCACUCGCCUUUACAUAAUUCAACCGUAGGGGAUUAUCGUUUAGAACGACAUCAAAUGCUACACGGUGACAAAAAACUGAAGAAAAAGGCUCACAUGAUUAUACACUCGGGCGAAAAGCCUUUCAGGUGUAAAUACUGUGGCUACGAGAGUAGUAGAAAAUCAAAUUUACGGACUCACCUGAUGACUCACACAGACGAGAAGCCUUUCAGGUGUACACACUGUGACCACAAGUCUAGAACAAAACCACACUUACGGAAUCACCUGAUGACUCAUACAGACGAGAAGCCUUUCAGUUGUAGUCACUGUAGCUACAAGUGUAGAAGAAAAGCAGAUUUACAAACUCACCUGGUGACUCACACAGAAGAGAAGCCUUUCAGCUGUAGUCACUGUAGCUACAAGUGUAGAAGAAAAAUAGAUUUACAGAGACACCUGAUGACUCACACAGACGAGAAGCCUUUCAGUUGUAGUCACUGUGGCUUCAAGUGUAGAAGAAAAGAAGAUUUACAGAGACACCUGAUGACUCACACAGACGAGAUGCCUUUCAGGUGUACACACUGUGGCUACAAGUGUAGAAGAAAGGGAAAUUUACAUACUCACCUGAUGACUCACACAGAAGAGAAGCCUUUCAGUUGUAGUCACUGUAGCUACAAGUGUAGAAGAAAAGCAGAUUUACAAACUCACCUGGUGACUCACACAGAAGAGAAGCCUUUCAGUUGUAGUCACUGUAGCUACAAGUGCAGAAGAAAAGCAGAUUUACAAACUCACCUGGUGACUCACACAGAAGAGAAGCCUUUCAGCUGUAGUCACUGUAGCUACAAGUGUAGAAGAAAAAUAGAUUUACAGAGACACCUGAUGACUCACACAGACGAGAAGCCUUUCAGUUGUAGUCACUGUGGCUACAAGUGUAGAAGAAAAGAAGAUUUACAGAGACACCUGAUGACUCACACAGACGAGAAGCCUUUCAGUUGUAGAUACUGUAGCUACAAGUGUAGAAGAAAAGAAGAUUUACAGCGUCACCUGAUGACGCACACAGAUGAGAAGCCUUUCAGGUGUAAACACUGUGCCUACAUGUGUAAAAGAAAAACAGUAUUACUGACUCACCAGAUGAGAAGCCGUUCAUGUGUAGUGUAGCCACAAGUGUAGAAGGAAAUUUGGCUU